GUAUUAAGACCUGGGCUUUUUAGUGUAUAAUUUUCUACACCAAGAAAUUAUCCAAAGCUACUUGUUUUGCAGAAUUGCUUCAAAUAUUUUCUUAUUCUGCCCAUUACUCGCUUUAAUUUGAUUCAAAGUCUAAUUCCAGCAUUGAAAUCCUCUUAGGAGCCUUAAGCUAUUUCAGUGAAUAGUACAGUGUUUUCCAAUGAGUCUCGUUUUUAAGAGAGCCCUCCCCAUGCAGCCUAAAACCCAUCAAAGCUGAGGCUGACCACACAACAGUCCAGCUCAUGUCAAGCGAAGAGACUCUUCCCACACAGCAAAAAGACAGCAUGUCUGACAGAAGAUUGAUGGAGGAGGAGGAGGUGACUGUGACUCAUACAGGACCGAAAGGGGUAAUUAAUGACUGGCGGAGGUUUAAGCUGGAGAGUAUAGAUCAGGAAACCCUGCCUCCUAACAAAAGGGAGCUGCUGAAACAGAUGUCAUCGCCGAACAAAAUCAAGGAGGAGUCCCUGAGUAACUCAGGUCACAGGAUGAAUAUCCAGGAGUACGAGCUGCUGAAGGAGGACGAUGAGCGGUAUUUACGCAAGUACCGCAAGCAGUGUAUGCAGGAAAUGCACGAGCGCCUCAGCUUCGGGCCCAGGUUUAAUGGUGUGCAUGAGCUGGACAGCGGUCAGGCAUUUCUGGAGGUAAUUGAGAAGGAGCAUCAGCUCACUGUAGUGGUAGUGCACAUCUACAAAGCUGGAGUCAGAAGCUGUGAGGUGCUGGACCAGUGUCUGGGCUGCCUAGCUGUUAACUAUCCCAACAUCAAGUUCUGUCGCAUCAACACAGCUGUCUCUGGUGCAGGUGAACACUUUCCUGACAAUGUUUUACCAGCUGUGCUUGUUUACAAGGGGGGAGAGAUGCUAGGAAACUUCCUAGCUAUCACACAGCACUUCAACGAUGAGUUUGUUGCCACAGACGUGGAGGCCUUCCUCAAUGAAUAUGGACUACUGCCAGAAAAAGAAUGUCGGCCAGGUGGGGAGGAGGCAGAUGUGGAGUAAAUGAGUAUGCAGAGGAAUAGAAAGGAUGAUGUUGGAAGGUUUUUUUUCAUUAUUCUGCAGUGUAAUACUCGGUGACAAGAAAUAGUACAAUCUUUAAAAAAUAAUAAUAAUGAUAAUCACUAAAAAAGGGUGGGUUAAACAGUGCCCACAAUUGUUGCUUAGUUAUAUUAUAAUUAUUCUAACAUUUUUCCUGUAGAGCUUUUUACAGGAGAUAGAGGUAUUAUAUUUUAAACCCUCUGCUCAGAUUCCCCUUUGGAAUCUGUAUGAUCAGGGGUGUGUGUACAUUUUAGUAUAAAUCAGAACAUUUGAGGACUUUUUAGAGUCAUAUUAGCUCAUAUUAAUCAGCAAGGAUGAGGAUUCAGUACUAUCUAUUAAAAAUCCUCUCAGAAAUACCAUCAGGUUAGUUUAUAUCAGAGGUGCCCAAUACGUUGAUUGCAAAGGUAGCGUGGUUAGAUCGCCUAACAAAAAAAUAGAUCUUUAUUUAUGUAUUUUAUAGUAGGUAGAUCAUUUUGACUUGGACAUUUUAUAAGUAGCUUGCAUGCUGAAAAAGUGUGUGCACCCCUCUUUUAUAUUAACCAGCUAGCUAGCACUGGAGAUACUCUGCAAACUUGAUUUUAUAUCAAUGAAUUAAUUAAAAAAUUAAAUAUAUCCUGUCAGGUUAGCUCAUGCUAUACAGUUUAGAGAGUGUAGUAUGAGAGUAUUAUGACAAUAUUGUAGUUUUAAAGCUGUGUCUAAGCUUAGUCAGCUAUAUAUUGCCAUAUAUAUUUCAAUUUGAUCAAUUUGAAACUUUAGUCAAGUUCUAUGAAAGAAGAGGAAUUUGAAAUGAAAACUACAGACCUUCACAGUUGGCAUAUCUGAUGUGAUUUUUAUUUUUUAUUUUUAUUUUAGUGUAUGUAUGAAAAACUAUCAAAAUUGUUUAAUCACUUAGUCUGUUAUAUCCAACAAACAAAGAUACGACCCCAAUUCCUAGUUUGGAUGCUGUGUAGAAUAUAAAGAAAAACAGAAUGCAUUGAUCUGCAAAUCUGCAAAUCUCACACCUAUAUUUAACUCACGACAGAACUCCGGACAGUUUGUUCCGCCAAACUUUCAAACUGGUAUGGUGAAGUAUUUUCCAAUGAGCCGCAUUCAGUCCAGACAGAAUUACAUGGUGUUGAAGGAUGGGAAGGUUGCCAUGUUGGUUCAGGAUUCCUUUUGCCAUUUGACCUACAUUUACCAUUCAAAUUGUAAAGUCAAAUGUGAACUAGCUAGGUAUAUUCUAAGGUGACAGUUUGAUACAAACAAAUACCAUUAAAUUACGAAGUUUGUUGCAGAUAAACAGAAGGAACCUGCAGCUGUCUCACAAAACCCAAAAAAGACUAACAAACUUUUUUUCAGUUCUUUAGUAUUGGUUUUGGAGGCAAUAUUUUAUUUAUCAUUAUUUAUGUUUAUAUCAUUAUAUAUAUUAUUAUGUAUAUUGAGUAACAUAUUUACUUGGCCUAAGUUUUACUGUAGAAAAUGUUCCUGAUAUUAGCCAGCCAUUUGUGAUGUCAUGAACGACUGUUUUCAUUGUUCUUGUGUUAUUAAUAGAAAAACGUUUAAAGUCAUAUGUAUAGUGUUCUUUAAUCUGUACUAAUUGUGAUAUCAGUGAACUUUCUGGAAAAUGGCAAAAACCUGUAGAGUAAAUGUGAUCAAAAAGAAUUAAAUGGUCGUCUGGUCUAUGUAAAAUGAAUAAAUAAAAUAAAGGUUAUAGACCACA